AUGAAUAUCGAAACGAAAAUAGCAUUUGUUACAUUUCUUGUUCUCCUUCCCGCUUCCCUACUACUUCUACGCAUCAUCGCACUCCUUCCAUCGUCUAGAAGGUACCAGAAGAGCUCUCUUGACGCAAAGUUAAACGAGGUCAAAGGCUCCAGCAUAAUGGUCCUUCUUGGCUCGGGAGGACACACAGGUGAGAUGAUGCGGAUUUUAUCUCCAAUUGACCUCAGCUCGUGUAGUCGUACCUGGGUGGUGUCCUCUGGAGAUACAACGUCGCUACUCAAAGCAAAAGCAUACGAAGUCAAUAUAAAAGGAGAAAAGGCACAAUUCAUUGAAUUGAAACGGGCACGGAAGGUCGGAGAGCCCUUGAGUCUGUCUGUGAAGAGCACCAUAAUGUCAUUUAUCUCUACAGUUCAACAGGUGUGGAAACUGGCCAAGCCAGAUGUGCUUUUGGUGAAUGGUCCGGGUACAUGUAUCCCAUUAGCAUACGUGCUAUUCAUCAUGAAGUUGUUGGGCUUGUGCAAUACAAGAAUUAUAUACAUCGAGUCUUUGGCACGAGUUAACAAUCUUAGUCUUAGCGGCCGUCUCAUUUUGCCCAUUUCCGAUAGGUUUUUGGUUCAGUGGAGAUCUUUGGCAAAGAAAUACCAAAGAGUAGAGUACUACGGCAUUCUUAUUUAG